AUGUCCUCCCAUGCCCUCCUCCUCCGCCUCUUCCUCUCUUCCUCCUUCUUUUCCGUCCAUGUCGCCCUCAAGUACCUCCUCAUAUACUCGGACAACAUAGGUAUUACAUACUACCUCACCCGGCGACUCAAGGCUUUGGAUGUGCACGAGCUGCGUGAUGUGUGGGGGUUUGUCUGCCACCUCUUAGUGACAAGACCGACGAAAUCUCGCGCAUUGGAAUGCUUCGUGAUCGACACCGCGCAGCGUUCCACACACAUCGCCUUAAUUACCCUAUGGUUUAUGCAAGCUGCUCUGAACGAUCUUGCUCUACAUCGCGAAUCCCAGUCCUUCGCUAUAUGCCAACGUGUUUCGCACCGAUGCCAUGAAAUAAUCUUCGGAGAUCAACUUCUGCCCUCAUCCUCACCAUACGCCGGAUUUACCCUGCCAGCGUCUAUGCGUCGCCGGAAGAUACGACACCAUGCGGAACCUGUACUUAUUGGCAUAGGGGUUAUGCUGGCUGGCAUUCCGGCCAUGCCGCUGCUCGCAGAGAUAACCGGUCAGAUCGCCAUUGAACAAGGACGGAUGGAAGAAGAGGGAGAUACCUACAGGAGCCUGGAGGUGGAAGCGGGAGACCCCCCAUACAGCGCUUCUACCAGCAUUUCAACUCCUGAAGAUGCAGCUCAGGAUAGCUCCGAAAGUCUCGAGGACUUCUCAAUCCAAAUGCCAGACAAGCCUCCAGAAUUAGCCCAACCUGAACAAUCUGGUCUCCUAGAUCGUCGGCGUACAUUUGGGGCCCAGACACUUCCCGCUCUACCUCUCCAUCUUCAGACACGAAAACCCCGGUUAUCCCUCGACCCUUUGGGCCAACUUGACGCCGACAACACCUCUACCACCACCCCCGCCAUGCCCUUCCAAUCAUCACCUUCCCUAGCGUCAGCACGCACACCGUCACGCUCCGCUGCGGUCAACAAGGCUGAUCUGCUACUCGAGAAAUAUGACGCGAGCUCGCAGGUUCAUCUACUGCGAGGGCAUUAUUAUCUAUCCGAGGUUCAAUUUUUGCUCAGUCUUGAGAAUAUCUGCAACCGCUUGGUGAUUGUUCCCAAACCUGCCCGUGUGUCUGCCCUGCGAGCAGAGUUGACUGCUCUUAACCACAAGCUUCCCGCCGAAGUUUGCAUGCCUAUGUGGUGCACGUCCUCCGACAGCACAGAGACCGCCAACGGAAUUCCUAGACCACAUCAUCGAAUCAUACGUGUCCCCCCCGGAGAAGCUGUCGUGUUGAACUCGGCCGAACGCGCCCCAUAUCUGCUUCUUCUGGAGAUCCUCAACGACGACCUUGAUUUCGAUCCUGCCAAACGAUCGAACAAAGAAGUGCUGAGGAAACUAGUCACUAAGGAAGUUGAGCAGCGAGGAACAUGGUCAGCUUUUGGCCUGUUUUCAGGCUCCAGCAGUAAACCUACAGGCGAUCCAGAUACAGGUCUCCGAACUGCCUUCACUGCUACUACGUCAUUUUUCCCAGGCGGCCCUCUAACUGCUACUUCGUCGACGACGACAUUCUCCAAUGAGGAUGAAGAGAUCGAUCUCGUCGAACAGCUAUACGGCGAGGAUCAGCCUCUGCGGUCAAAAAUGCUCGAUAUCGAGGAAUCCAUUGUACUACCACCCACGCCCAAAAACAGAGACCUCGAUAUAGCAGCUUGGGCUCGUUCAUCACCUCUUAUCCCUUCCGAAGACUCAAGGGGCGGCUUACAAACCCCUAUGUCCGCAUACCUCAAAGCCCCAUCAAUAAGUCGGUCGUCUUCGCUGUCGGCGUCACAUUCGCAGACGUCGUUCCAGGAAAAUGAAAUUCGGGUUAUUUCAUUGGACGAAUACUCAGACAGGAUGCGCACGGCGGCUAUCAUGUUGGCACAGCUUAAUGCAGAUCAAGGCCGUGAUUCCUCGCCACAUGCCGUUCAGAAACCUAACGGCUCACCACGUCCAGACAGUUCAGGUAGAGGUCGGAGAUCGACGGAAAUGCCUCAGCCACUGCACACACGCCUAAAGCUCCCUCGUGCCGAGGCUGCAGCGAUUCGUGACCGCAUCAUGAAAGAGAUGCUUGCACUGGAGGAAGAGCGGAUGGAACGGAUGAGGGGGAGCGAGGGCGAGGCCAUGAUGCGCAGCAGCGUUGUCAGUGGCAGUAUGAAGUCAGCUGAAGACGAAGGUAUUAUUCGGCGUGAACUCAACAAAGUUGAUCCGUCAGCGGUGGUGUUCAGUGAGUCGUGGUCUGCGAAGAAGAACCGAAUACGGCAAGGUUCGCCUUACGGACAUCUAGCGAACUGGGAUUGCGUGUCAGUGAUUGUCAAGACUGGCGGGGAUCUGCGGCAGGAGCAGCUGGCGGUUCAACUCAUUCGGGAGUUUGCUGGCAUCUGGGCAGAGGAGAAAUGCGCUUGUUGGGUCAAAUACUUCCGUAUUCUCAUCACUGGGGGGAGUUCUGGGUUGAUCGAAACCAUCACAGACGCUGUGUCAAUACAUUCAAUCAAGAAGGCAGAGUACGCAAAGAGACUAGCGAAAGGUCAACUUGGACAUGUCACCCUCCUGGACCAUUUCGUAUCUACAUAUGGAGAAUCAUCGUCGGCUAAGUUCGUACGAGCGCAGAACAAUUUUGCAAAAUCGCUAGCUGGGUACUCCAUCGUGACAUACUUGCUACAAGUCAAAGACCGGCACAACGGGAACAUCCUCAUUGACCGCGACGGUCACUUAAUCCACAUUGACUUUGGGUUCAUCCUGAGCAACACGCCUGGUAACAUCGGCUUCGAGGCUGCACCGUUCAAACUCCCAGUGGAGUAUGUAGAAGUCCUUGGAGGCAUCGAUGGUCCCGCUUUUUUCAAGUUCAAGCAACUGUUCCGAGAGGGCUUUGAGGCUGCCCGGAAACACUGCGACCGAAUAAUCACCCUGGUCGAGCUGAUGCAAAAAGACUCAACACUGCCUUGCUUCGCUCUCUCCGGCGACCAAACAGCAAACCAGCUCCGCGAUAGGUUCCAACCCACCUUGACGCAUGCACUCAUUGGCGACUAUAUUAACCGCCUCGUCGACACUUCGGUAGGCUCGCAUUGGACUAGACUCUACGAUUCGUAUCAAUAUUAUUCCCAGUCUAUACUAUAA